GAACUGCAGCAGCUUAGCAAGCAAUACAGCAAUAUCAAGCUCCUCCAACUGGAUGUGGUCUGUGAAAACAGCAUCAAGAAAGUCGUCAAGGAAGUGGAAGAAAUUGUGGGAGACAAAGGUCUGAACUGCCUCAUUAACAAUGCUGGCAUCAACGUGCUUGCUUCCUUGGAAGAAGUCACAGCAGAGGCAAUGCUCACCAUUUAUGAAACCAAUACUGUUGCCCAGCUGAUGGUCACCAAGGCAUUUCUGCCCCUUCUGAGGAAGGCAGCCCAGCUGAGCACAGGAAUGGGCUGCCACAGAGCUGCUAUUAUCAAUAUGUCCUCUCUUGCUGCCUCCAUGCAACUCGUCCAGGCAAAUGAGAUGUUCCUCAAGGUCUACCCCUACAGGAUAGCAAAGACUGCACUGAACAUGAUCACGAGGUGUCUUGCUGCAGACUUGAAAUCGGAUGGAAUUCUCUGUAUUUCUUUGCAUCCAGGCUGGCUUCAGACAGACAUGGGCGGAAACAUGGCUCCCAUGCAGGUGCAAGAGGCUAUCCCAGGUAUUCUCUCUGUUCUGGACCGUCUUGGUGAGAAAGAAAAUGGUUCCUUCCUGGACUGGCAAGGGGAAACUCUACCGUGGUAGAAGUGCACAGUAUACUACAGAAACAGCACGUCAGUCGCUAUUUAACUCGUGUCACUAAUGUCUCUGUCUCUAGGGUUUUCUUAUAU